UUUUUCUGUUGACCAGAAAGCAUCAUCACAGUUUCCUCAGCAGGAUGGAGACUUAACUAGUUUUGAAAUUUCAAGAUUUGGUUUUUUAACAGAUUGACAAAUUAAAAUAUUCAGCUGCUUAAAAAAAGUUUUGCUCCCACAAUCAACAGUGUUAACAAACCACAGAUGACUGACCAAAAGCAUUUUUAUAGUUGUUACAUUGGUUUUACUACAUUGGCUGCAGUUAGCAUGGCAUGCAUUUUACAAACACUACGGUUUUGUAAUGCUUUUAUUAACUUAUAGAUUCUAAACCAUAUUUGCUUUGCACCGUUUUGUUAUUGUAUUAACAAGGGGAAGAGGAGAGACUUGUGAUUCUACCAGAAAAGGGACAAGAUGGCUAGAUUAAAUGUCUAAACAGUUAAUACGUAUGUAAAUGUAUCCUUCACACGCAUCUGAAGUAUUGAAAGAAGUAUUUCUUUACACAGACAGAAUUGCCACUGCCAUUACUGAUGUUAACUAGUCAAGGUGGAGCAAAGUUUUGUUAUAGCUUUAAUGGUUGAUGUCUAUUUAAUGAGGCCACCAUAGUGUGUUUACAGAUACAGGUAAUUGCAUUAUUGUGGGACAGACGCCUUGGCCCAUUUUCGCACGACCGUGGUCAGAUGAUUUUUCAUUGGCUAUUCCGCCUGGUUCAUUAAAAUGGUUCGCCUCUGAUUGGUGGCGACAUUAGCCACAUGUUCAACAGUAGCCAAUGAGGAGAGACGUCGAGGAACUACUACUACAGUUAGCUAACAGAGUGCAACUGCUAAACACGAGAGUAGCAGUGUAAAGUAUUUCAGGACGUUCAGGUACCGUUUUUAUCAAAAGAUAGCAUCUAUUUAGAUGUACACUUAUGCCCGAGGGCAGUAUGGGCAUUUCAAACAUAGCUACGUGCACCGCUCCUGUGAAUAUAGCCGUCAUCAAAUACUGGGGGAAGAGAAAUGAAGAAUUAAUUCUACCCAUUAACUCGUCUCUGAGCGUCACAUUGCACCAGGACCAGCUGAAAACAACCACAACAAUUGCAACCAGCAGAUCAUUUCAGGAGGAUCGGAUAUGGCUCAACGGAAAAGAGGAGGACAUAAACCAUCCAAGACUACAGUCCUGUCUGAGAGAGAUUCGACGAUUAGCACGGAAGAGACGUAGUGAUGGAGAUCCUGGUUUGGAUUCAACCGGUUUGUCCCACAAAGUCCACAUCUGUUCUGUUAACAACUUCCCCACUGCUGCUGGCCUUGCCUCCUCAGCUGCUGGAUUUGCUUGUCUAGUUCAUACUCUUGCUCGGGUGUUUGGCAUAGAAGCGGAGCUGUCUGCGAUUGCUCGGCAGGGCUCAGGUAGCGCAUGCAGGAGCAUGUAUGGAGGGUUUGUCCAAUGGAUCAUGGGACACCAAGAUGAUGGCAAGGACAGUUUAGCCCAGCAGGUGGAGCCAGAGACUCACUGGCCUGAGCUCAGAAUUCUUGUACUAGUGGCCAGUGCUGAGCGGAAGCCAAUAGGCAGCACCUCUGGGAUGCACACCAGUGUAGAAACAAGCUGUCUCUUAAAGCACCGAGCUGAAGCUGUCGUCCCAGUCCGGAUGGAUGGGAUGAUUGAAGCAGUGCAAAGAAAGGACUUCCCUGCAUUUGCUGAGCUAACAAUGAAGGACAGUAACCAGUUCCAUGCCACCUGUCUUGACACAUACCCUCCUAUCUUCUACCUCAAUAAUGUGUCUCAUCAGAUCAUCAACUUGGUGCAUCAGUAUAACAAUUACUAUGGCGAGACAAGGGUAGCCUAUACUUUUGAUGCAGGGCCAAAUGCUGUGAUCUUCACUCUACAGGAGCACGUUUCUGAAUUUAUUCAGGUGGUUCGACAUUUCUUCCCCCCGGAGACCAACGAUGGACAGUUUAUUAAGGGUCUUCCUGUUAACUGUGCUCCUCUUUCUGAAGAGCUGAAACAGAUUGGUCUCGAGCCCAUACCAAAGGGAAUAAGUUACAUCAUUAGUACUAAGGCUGGACCAGGACCUUGUGUUGUGGAUGAUCCCACUCAGCAUCUGCUUGGCACUGAUGGGUGGCCUAAGAAAACAGAGUGACACCCUAUAGCCCUAAACAGACAAAGCUCCACUGAGUAAUAAGGAAACCAGUUUAGCAAAGAUCAGAUUUGCCUGUGUCAUCUCUAAAUAGGUUUUUACCAACCACACAUCAUUCUCAUUGUUUCUCAAACUGUCCGCCAGUCUUCAUAUUACACUGUGUUCUUGUUUAUUUUUGCACAGCUCCUCUCAUUUCUCAGCACAUAGCAGCAGACAUUGUUUUAGAUUUGAGGAGUUCACUCAUGGACUCGUGUGUGCUGACAGAUACAUAGUGCCAGCACUGACAGUGUGCUCUUGAGCAAUGAAGCAUAAAAGCCUUUCACCACUGUAGCUGUCUCGAUGCUCUGGCCUAUUUGAGCAAGGUACCUGUGGUUGGAGGCUUUGAAUUUAUGCAAGUGUCCAUAUUUUUAAGGACGUUGUAAUAAUUAUUUUAAAUGUUCACUUUCAUGUUGUGAAUACAUACAGAAUAUAUUUUAGUGAUUCUCAUAUUCUGUAAAACUGAAUAAAGUAUA